AUGCAGAAACCCCGUCUGCCGGUAAAGCAGCUUUUGAUUCUGGUCGUCUUCACAUCUAUUCUUCCAUACCUUCCAGAACUAAUCCAACAUGUCGGCGUCCCCAAGCCCGAGGUCGCCAAAUGGGCCGGCAUCGCCUCAGCGGUCGCAUCCGUGAGUCAAGCCAUCAUGGCCGUGCCCUGGGGCGCCUUGUCAGACUACAUAGGUCGCAAACCAGUAAUAAUCAGCGGCCUCUUCUGCACCAUGAUCCUCUCAAUAGUGCUGGGCAUGUCAUCUUCCCUAACGAUGGUCCUCGUAACGCGCGCCCUAAUCGGGCUCAUGAACGGAAACGUCGGCAUCAUCCGCACAAUGGUUGCGGAAAUUGUGCCGGAGCGCGAACUGCAGCCCCGGGCCUUCAGUAUCAUGCCGCUGGUAUGGACUAUCGGUAGUAUUUUCGGCCCAGCGUUCGGAGGAGCGCUAGCGCGGCCGGCAGACAAGCAUCCCGGGCUCUUUGGGGGCUCUGCGUUUUUGAAAAAGUAUCCGUUUGCGUUGCCGAAUAUUGCGGCGGCUUGUUUCUUUGUUGUGGGGAUUUUGAAUGGCAUUUUGUUUCUACGGGAAACGCUGGCUACUAAGAAGGAUCAGCGCGAUUAUGGACUUGAGCUUGGAAAGGCUCUGACUCGGCCGUGCACUUCGAGGAAUAAGCGCGGGGCAGAGAGUAAGGAUUCGAGCGAGGACGCAGAACGAGCUACGUUGCUUCCGAGGAAAAAGAAGGAGGAGGCAAAGCCCAUUGCCCGGGUUAGCUGGUCGCAGAUCUUCACGCCGCAGUCCUGUCUAAUCCUGACCUCGUACACCUUGAUCUCCGGACUCGGCAUGGCCUUCGAUGCCGUAUUCCCCGUCUUCCUCAACUACCCUGUGCAGGAAUACGAGAAUAACCCGGAUGUCCAGCUUCCAUUCAAGUUUGCAGGUGGCUUCGGCGUCGAUUCCCAAACAAUCGGCAUCUACUACACAGUCAUCGGCGUCGUGGGUAUGGUAAUCCAGUUCCUCGCCUUCCCGCCGAUCGCCCAGCGCCUCGGUAUCCUCCGCUGCUUCAAAGCCGCCGCCAUCUCCAUGCCAAUCAUCUUCUUCCUGACGCCUUUCACGGCCAUCGUCCCCGAGCCCUUCAGACUCCCAGCCGUGCUGCUAAUCAUGCUGCUCAAGCUCGGCACCACGGUCUUCGGUAUCCCGUGUUGCACGAUCUUGCUUACGAACUCUGCUUCGAGCAUGACGGUGCUUGGGACGUUGAAUGGAGUCGGAACGAGCGUGAGUGCCUUGGGACGCGCGGCGGGUCCGGCGCUUAUCGGGACUGCGUUUUCGUAUGGUGUGAAGAGGGGGUAUAUGAUUAUUCCGUGGUGGCUGUUGAGUGCUUUGGCGCUGUGGAGUGUUGUUCCUGCUUUUUGGAUCGUGGAGCAGGAGGGUCCGCACCGGGACGCGGUAGAGGUGGUUGCUGAGGAGCAGGAGCAUGCGCAGGCGCAAGUGGAGGUUUCUGCUGGUGGUUAUGGGUCAUUGGUUGUGUCGAGUGAUGGGGUUGCGAAGGUUGCUAGGAGCGAUUGA